CAAAACUUGGAGCUGACAGGCUUGAAUUGCGUCCACACUUCCUAACUUGGAAGCGCUUUCAAGGCCGGACACUUAGAACCCCGCCUCUCUUGCUGUUUCAAUAUUGACAAACUGUCCUGCCCAGCCAGUUUCUCAGAGCCACUGUGGGAGUCACAGCAGGGAAACGAAUUGAGCAAUUUAAUUGUAUCAGACGCAGUUCAUUCCAAGUGAUCUGAGUUCAGAACAGAACAUUCAGGCUUCGCCUCCUGGCCCGUGCAGGAUCUCUGUGGGAAGCUGCACUUCAGGCAGAGUUCUCCCUUCCUGCGCAUUUCCCCAGCUCUCCCGCCACCAUGAAGGGGAUCUUCUCAAAGCCCACCCUUGUUCUAGCCAUCUCCGUGUGGGCUGCUUUUGCAUCAGAUUUCCCUCUUCCAUUGGACUCCAAGGAAGCUCACCUAGAAGAGACAAAGGCUGAAUGCAUGAAGAACAUAAACAGGUGCUGGCUUUUGUCCUACUUCCAGCCUAGUGAGCUCAUAUGUGGCAGUGAUCGGGUCACCUACAGUGGAGAGUGCCACCUCUGCUUCAAAAUCCUAUUUGAUGGGCUUAACGUAACUAAACUGCACGAUGGAUCAUGUGAAAAUCCCUGAAUUUACCAUGAAGAAUAAUCUGAAUCUCCAGAUGACCAACUGUAUCCCCUUUAGAGAAUUCUGAUGCUCGAGGAAACCACCAAUUAGGAUCAAACUCAUUGAUUUGCUUUUUCAGUAUAUGAUUCUCAGCAAAAAUCUGGCUGGCCACCAUUUCUCUUGGUUAAUAAAAAGCUUGUUCAACUAA